AUGGAGCAUCGGGAGAAGGUGAUUGGGCAAGGAGUCUUGACGGCUGCCCAGGCAGAGAAGGUACGUGUGCAGCGCCCUACCUCCUUUCACCAACGCUCGUUGUCUUCCCCGCACUCGCCUGUUUGGGGUCGGAUGAAAUGCAGGCUGCCUGUCUCUUGCAUGUACCUCCUCUUGCCCAACCCCUUCCUUGCCCUCCCCGGCCCUCGCCUCCCAGCACCCACUCAGCGCGUGCUGCUGUGGGAAUUAGGGUGCACGCAGGCGGAUAGCUCUGCACUGCACGACCUUCCCCUCCUGUCGGGCAUCCUACAGGAGGGGGAAGGAGAGGGUGCGUUAGGCAGAGUGUGGUUGGUCAUCAUGAGCCUGCAUGUCAUCCUACCCCUGUGGAGGGGGGAGGAGAGGGUGCGUUGUGGCCACGCUCUGCCCCACCAUGCUCUCCCCCCCCUCGAUGCUCCCCCUCACCACGUUCCCACCU